CGCGCGCGCGGCGCCGCGCUCUCUGAUUGGCUGCGCCGCGCUCGGUGGCGGCCGGGCCAAGAUGGCGGCGGAGCGCGCGGACGCGGCGGCGGCGGGGGGCGGGGAGCCCCUCAGGGACCCCCGAGCCCCCGAGCGCUCCCCGUACGCGGGAUGGGCCCACCCCGAGCUCCAGGCCACGCUCGCCGGCAUCGGAGCCCCCGCGCAGGGGACCCGUGAGGAGCUGCUGGAGCGGCUCCAGGCCUACACGCUGCAGACUGGGAUCGUGCUGAGCCGCCCCGCCCUGCGCCCCGAGGAGGGGGACAAGGCCCCGCCCCCCCAGCUGCCCCCAGCGCUGCCCCUGCAGCACCCCCUGGUGCCCCCCCCUCCCCCGCCGGGGCUGGGGCUGGGCUUCGGGCUGGGGGCCCGUGGGGGGGGGUCCCGGUGCCGCCCCCCCCCCGCGGGGCUCUCCGAGGAGGAGCGGCUGACGCUGGCCCAGCAGCAGGCGGCCCUGCUGCUGCAGGAGGAGCGGGCACAGGGCCAGCACCCGUUUGGGGACAAGGCCAAGGAGCAGGAGCUGCUGGAGCAGCAGAAACGGGCCGCGGUGCUGCUGGAGCAGGAGCGGCAGCAGGAGAUGGCCAAGCUGACCCCCCCCCGCCCCCCGCGCCCCCCCCCGAGGGGGCUCCCAUGGCUGCCAGGACCCCCCUGGCCCCCCGAGGCAGCCCCAUGGGAGCCCCCCUGGCCAUGGGAGCCCCCCGGCCCCGCGGGCCCCCCCCCGCCCCCCGGCGACGACAGCAGAGAGACCGAGGACUCCGGGGUGGGCCCCAAGAUCCCGCAGGCGCUGGAGAAGAUCCUGCAGCUCAAGGAGAGCCGCCAGGAGGAGCUGGUGACAGUGCCGGGGGUCUCGGCCGAGGACGAGAUGGAGACGGAGCUGCGAGCGUCGGCGUCGGCCUCCGAGGCUGAGGAGGACACGGGGACAUCCAAGAAGGAGCGGAACCGGAAGCGCCGGAACCGCAAGAAGAAGAAGCGGGGGAGGGGCGGGGCCCGGGAGGGGGCCCCAACCCCGACCCCCCCCCGGGGGGACCCCGAGCCCCCCCCCGGGGACGCCCCCGAGGUGGAGAUCGAGUACGUGAGCGAGGAGCCCGAGAUCUACGACCCCAACUUCGUCUUCUUCAAGAGGAUCUUCGAGGCCUUCAAGCUGACGGACGAGGUGAAGAAGGACAAGGAGAAGGAGCCGGAGCGGGCGGAGCGAGCCGAGAGCGCCGGAGUGCCGCGGAAAAAGGGACCCGAGGAUGGCACCAGGGGCAGCGACGGGGACAGCUCCGAGGACGAGCAGGAGAAGAAGCAGGAGGUCCCCAAGCUGUCCAAGAAGAAGCUGCGGCGCAUGAACAGGUUCACGGUGGCCGAGCUGAAGCAGCUGGUGGCCCGCCCGGACGUGGUGGAGAUGCACGAUGUGACGGCGCAGGACCCCAAGCUGCUGGUGCACCUGAAGGCCACGCGGAACUCGGUGCCGGUGCCGCGGCACUGGUGCUUCAAGAGGAAAUACCUGCAGGGCAAGAGGGGCAUCGAGAAGCCGCCCUUCGAGCUGCCCGAGUUCAUCAAGCGCACCGGCAUCCAGGAGAUGCGCGAGGCCCUGCAGGAGAAGGAGGAGCAGAAGACGAUGAAGUCCAAGAUGAGGGAGAAGGUGCGGCCCAAGAUGGGCAAGAUCGACAUCGACUACCAGAAGCUGCACGACGCCUUCUUCAAGUGGCAGACCAAGCCCAAGCUGACCAUCCACGGGGACCUCUACUACGAGGGGAAGGAGUUUGAGACGCGGCUCAAGGAGAAGAAGCCGGGAGAUCUCUCGGACGAGCUGCGGAUCGCGCUGGGCAUGCCCGUGGGGCCGGUGAGGGAACCCCAAAACCACCCCAAAAUCAUCCCAAAACCAUCCCAAAUCCCUGGGCAUGCCCGUGGGGCCGGUGAGGGAGCCCAAAACCACCCUAAAACCAACCCAAAAUCACCCCAAAACCAUCCCAAAUUCACACCAAACCCCAAAUCCCUGGGCAUGCCCGUGGGGCCGGUGAGGGAACCCAAAACCACCCCAAAACCACCCUAA